AGUGCGCAGAGCUGGCGUCCUCCAUGCGGACCGCCUCCAAGGCAAUCAGCUAGCUUACCAAGCAAUGAUCAAGCAAAAGAUGAAAGCAAAUGGUGGCGAAUGUUCGAAGACCGGGGAAGGAAAUGCAUUAGAUAUGUCGGAGAUAUAUGAGUUUGAACGGCUUGGAUAACAUCAGACCUGGCGAGAGAGCAAGAUGCCCAGAUACACUGCCGUCGCUGGCGGUCUUAUGAGGUGGCUGCAGUAUGUUAUUCCAAGUAGUUGCGGGCGGAACGCAGAGUCCUCAAUGACGUACAGCGCUGCCAGCACCACAACAUUCCGAAUCAGGGUGUUGCCGCAGCUUGCAGCGGCACGGUAUCAGGCUAUCGUUGUGGACCGUUUCAGCGCGCAUGUCGUAUAUGCUUACAGAAUGCCUACGAUCUUCUGAGCAGUCUCCAGCAAGAUGGACAAGACCGCCACCGGCAGAAUGAGCGCCAAUAUUGCUAGUUUCAUUCGUAUUACCGCUGCACCAAGAAUUGACGGAUAAGCAUGCGACUGCAGCCAAGGUGACGCCAUCGAUAUCGAC